AUGGGAAUCAAAGGGAUAUAUCGAGAGCUAGGCCCCGGCACGAGGAUCUCCCUGUCCAAGCUUGCAUCCGACAGCUUCGUGGAGCACAGCCGGCCCUAUCGCCUCGCCAUUGACAUUGCUAUCUGGCAGUUCCAGAACCAGGCUGCUCGUGGCGGCACCAACCCCGCGAUCCGAACCCUGUUCUACCGACUCGUCCGUCUUCUAGGCACGCCAAUCCAGCCAAUUUUCGUCUUCGAUGGCCCUAAUAAACCAAAGUUCAAACGUAAUAGGCGAUCCGGCCGGGGCGAUGGAUUCGCAGCGGUGCACGCAAAGAGGCUCAUCCGGCUCUUUGGGUUCGUAGUUCACGAUGCGCCGGGCGAGGCCGAGGCCGAAUGUGCCUUUCUACAAAAGAACGGCAUCGUCGAUGCUGUACUGAGUGAAGACGUGGACACAAUCAUGUUUGGAUGCACACGAACGCUUCGGAACUGGUCGGCCGAGGGCAAGAACGGAAAGCCAACACACGUCUCCAUGUACGACGUCAAAGACUUGAACAUGGCCAGCCUUGGUCUCGAUCGAGAGGGAAUGGUCUUGGUGGCCCUUAUGAGUGGCGGCGACUAUAUCCCGGAGGGAGUGCCUGGCUGCGGGCCAAAGGUUGCGUGUGAAGCUGCCAAGGCUGGCUUUGGAAAGUCUCUGUGUCAACUUCGAGCCUCAGACACUGAAGGUCUACGCCAGUGGAAAAAGUCAUUGACGCACGAGCUUCAAACCAAUGAAAGCAAAUAUUUCCGCACUCGUCACAAGGCCCUAGUCAUUCCGGAGGAUUUCCCCAACGUAGAGGUGCUUCGCUAUUACACCCAUCCGGUGGUGUCUCCAGAAUCCACGCUGGAAGUGGUCAGGCAGAGGCUAAACGAAACCAGGGAAAUCCAGUUGGAUGGUCUAAGAGAAUUCUCUAGGGAGACAUUUAAUUGGGAUUUCCGCAUCGGUGCCAUCAAAUUCAUCCGUGUGCUCAGCGAGGGCUUGUUUGUGAAUCGCAUGUACCAGGACGGCGUUAACGGAGACUCUUUUGUGAAGAAGAUAUCAAGCCGUCGGAACCAUUUCAGCACAGACAACACGUCCGAACUACGACUCGCCUAUAUCCCCGAAGAAAUCGUGCCCAUCGAUCUAUCAAAUGAAGUGGAGGAGGAAAUCACAUAUGCUCGGAGCGGCCUAGCUCUCAAUAGCGACGACGAGUUUGCAACAGCUCCAGACAACCUUGAGGACACCGGUGGCGGAAAGACGUUUGAUAUUACAAAACCAGAACUCACCUGGGUUCUAGAAGAGGUGGCCAGGAGGUUUGCGCCAAGAGCUGUCCAGGCUUGGGAGGAGGGCAAGCAGGCAAAGUCAACCAAAAAGAAGGCAGCAACAUCGAAGACGAAAAAGGCUGGCGCGAUGCCUCAUGGGGCUCUCGACAGCUUUGUUCGCAUCACCAAGGCAGUGGAAACACAGGGGAAAGCUACUAGCAGCGAUGCCUCUGACUCGAACAAGGACGACAACGAGGUGGAUGUGCUCAGUGGAUCGGAAGAAGCUUCUCUCCCUCCUCUUCCUCGACCGAGCCAGCUACGCCGACCACAAACACCGCCAUCACUACGGAAGUCCAGUAAGCAACCCGUGCCCAGCGCACCUCCUAGCCUGGAUCGUUGGACAGUAACCAGCUCACCAGACUCAACUAGACGUCAUGACGAUGCAGGAGUUUUCGAGGCUAUCGUCAUUUCGUCCAGCCCUGCCGGCGGCGCAUCGCCACCUUCACCAUCUUUGCCGUCGUCGCCAACUACAACAACCACCUCUACAAGUCACGAUGGCGAGAUGCCCAGGUCAAUACGGUCGAUUCUUGCGGCGGGUGCUUCGUCGCGGGUGAGAAGCGAGCACGAUACAUCAACCUCUUCGAUUACGAAACCAAAGCAAAAGACAUUGUCCCAUCACAAGACCUCUCAGGGAGCAACAAGGCUGAGACAGAUGUCAAUGGACAUGUUUACACAACAACUUGCUCCGUCAGGAACGAGUCGUUCCGGUUCAUCCAAAAGCAGCAAGGGUAGCAUAUACAACCCAAACUCUAGCCGAGAGGACGUUGCUACACGCGCAAUGACCAAGGAAGUCGAGGUUAUACCAUCCAGCAGUCCCGAAGCACCACGCACAUCUCGCGCUACUGUGAGCAAACAAUGGACUCGCGUUCCUCCGCCACGGCGCGAUGGCAGUCCCCUUCCCGGUCCCGCUUCGGGCAAGAAAAUAUAUGUCCCCAACGGGGCCGGCUUCUUCAAGGAGAUUGAAGUUGGCGAGGACGAGUAUGAAGAGAGAAUCUCGCGGGAAGUGCAGUCGUUUCAGGCCCGCGGCAUCAAAGCUGGCGUUACUAGAUGGAGUGAUGUGUCGUUUAUCGACCUGACGGGGGGGGAUGAAGCUACGAACAGCUAA